CGAUAUGAAGUCGUUUUUUUUCAAAGAUGCCGAAAUGCCACGUCCGUACACCAUUACGAAACUUCUAUUGAUAAAAUAAUCCCCCACAUAGCAAAUAAAAUAUACAACAUUUUGUUAACCAAAUUUGAACCUCAAUGACCAUACAAAUGAAUCGUAUUUUCGUGGACAUAUUUUGGGCUGAGUAAAACCUCUCGCUUCACCUCUUCCUCUCUGGAUGUAGUGAAUUUGAAGAGGUGUAAAGAUGGCGGAGAACAGCGGCACAGAUCCCACUGUGGAUUCCAACGUCGUUGAAAAUGCUGCCUCAGACGGGACCAUGAUCGUGGUCACGGUAAAAACUCCGAAAGAUAAAGAGGAGAUAGCGAUCUCGGAGGAUUCUUCUGUCGCACAGUUUAAAGAGGAGAUAUCCAAAAGGUUUAAUGCCAAGAAGGACCAGCUGGUGUUGAUUUUUGCUGGCAAAAUCUUAAAGGAUGGAGACACACUGAACCAACACGGCAUCAAGGACGGACUCACUGUUCACCUUGUCAUCAAGACUGCUCCCAAGACCACAGUUGGUGGCACAUCCCAGUCCUCUGCAUCCAGCUCUGGGACCCCCCAGGCCGAAAGCAGCAUCAAUCCUAGCGCAGUGCCCAAUGCCAGCACAACACCAGGCACUGGGCCUACCCCAGCCUCCACACAGCCACCCAACUUACUCAGUGGGUUUGGUGACCUAUCUAGCCUGUCAGGCAUGGGCAUGGGCUCAGCCAACUUCAUGGAGAUGCAGCAGCAGAUGCAGAGACAGCUGAUGUCCAACCCGGAGAUGCUGUCUCAGAUCAUGGACAACCCUCUGGUGCAGAACAUGAUGUCUAACCCAGACCUGAUGAGGCAGAUGAUUGUGACCAACCCUCAGAUGCAGCAGCUGAUGGAGCGUAACCCUGAGAUCUCCCACAUGCUCAACAAUCCUGAACUUAUGAGACAGACCAUGGAGUUGGCAAGGAACCCAGCCAUGAUGCAAGAGAUGAUGCGUAACCAGGACCGGGCGCUUAGCAACCUGGAGAGCAUUCCUGGGGGAUACAACGCCCUCCGGAGGAUGUACACAGACAUCCAGGAGCCUAUGUUCAGUGCCGCUAGAGAGCAGUUUGGAAACAAUCCUUUCUCUGCUUUGGGGGGCAACUUAGACUCUGGCGUGCAGCCCUCCAGAACAGAGAACAGGGAACCCUUACCAAACCCAUGGGGACCCCCUGGAACGUCCCCCUCAGAAAGCAGGGGGACUGGCGCCUCCACAACAACAACCUCCUCUGCUGGCGGGACUGCACCCAGUGCCUCCAACCCCCUGGGCAUCAACACCUCUGGGCUGGGCAAUGGUGUAUUCGGUAGCCCUGGCAUGCAGAGUCUGAUGCAGCAGAUCUCUGAGAACCCCCAGCUCAUGCAGAACAUGCUGUCUGCGCCCUACAUGCGCAGUAUGAUGCAGUCGCUGGCGCAGAACCCUGAACUCGCCUCGCAGGCAAUGCUGAACAACCCCCUCUUUGCCGGAAACACACAGUUACAGGAACAGUUGAGACAUCAGAUGCCGGUCUUUCUCCAACAGAUGCAGAAUCCUGAGUCACUGUCUGUGAUGACUAACCCCCGGGCCAUGCAGGCUCUCAUGCAGAUCCAGCAGGGCCUGCAGACCCUACAGACAGAAGCCCCCGGGCUCAUGCCCAGUUUGGCUCCUGGUGAGAUCCCAGUGAUUCCUCCAACCACAGGAGGCAGUGUGGCCCCAGAAAACCUUCCUCCCCCAACACAGGGCUCAAAUCCCACCGCUGCCACUAACCCAUCCCAGCAACAGCAGCAGCUCAUGCAGCAGAUGUUACAGAUGUUUGCUGGGGGAGGAGGCGGCUCAUUGACUCUAACCCCGGAGGUGCGGUUUCAGCAGCAACUGGACCAGCUCAGCGCCAUGGGCUUCAUCAACCGCGAGGCCAACCUGCAGGCCCUCAUCGCCACGGGGGGAGACAUCAAUGCUGCCAUUGAGAGACUGCUGGGCUCCCAGCCCUCCUAACUCCCUUAGCCCCUUGAGAUUACCGGGAGAGAAGGGUUAGGGAGGGGGGGUACUGGAGUGGGAGAUGACAAAUGAACACAGUCCAUCACAGUCUGACAAGCCCCUCAGAUAGACUCAAUUGAAUUCCAAUUACUAUUCAUCUCUUUGGCUGAUCUGUGAAUCGUAGGAAAGAUAUGGGGGCAGGAAGUGGGUGUUCAGAUUCAAGUUUCUAUUGGAGAGACCUCAUAUCAACCCUGUGGAAUGAUGACAUCGCUGCAAAAUGACGCCACCACUAACAUGACUACUUCCUCUGUUGACUAUGGGAGACUCUUUCUGAAAUGACUGUGCCCAUUUGCUGGAAAUGCAUGAGGUUGCCAACUUAACCCAUAUUAAUGGAUUGUGUUUAGCUGGUAACAAGUUGAAAUUUGGAGGGAUGUGAGUGUUGAAAUCAUAGAAUGAGGGAUUCCUCUGACCUUUUAUUUUCAUGAGAGCCUGCUUGUUUUUACUUAAUUUCACUCUAUCAUGCCUGAUUGGCUAGUAUUUAUUAUAGGAGCUGUAGAAGUUACCUUCUCUUUUCUUUACCACUCACCUUCAGUUUACCUUCUGCUUUAAGAAUUUCUUGACAUUUUGAUGUGUUCCUUCAAAACUGAUACAGGCUGUUGGACUCUCUGUUUGAGCACUAUAGCGCCCCUGGUUCAGCUGUUUGCUUACACUUUCAGGUUUUUUGGAAGGGAUGAUUUUCAGAUUGGAAGGUCAAGCAAGGUAGCUUGGUUAGCUCUGGAGUUAAUGCUUCAUUGAGUCAAUGAAUGCUAUUGAGUGUAAAUUCUUCAACAGUUUAGGCUCUGGUUAAGUGAUCAGACCUCAAUGUUUUUAAUCUGAGCAAUGAUAAAAAUGCAGACACCUUUUACGUUAACCAUUUUGUGUAUUUUCAUACAAGCAGUGGUGUAGUGCCUGAUAAAAAUGUAUGUAUUGGUUUCAGCAAUAUAUUCCAAAAUAAUUUGUUGAAUCUAUAAUGACAAAGUGUACUAAUGGCAUAGAGAAUUAUUUUUCUUAAACCCAUACAUAUUAGUUGCAGUACCUACAGUUAAAGAAAAUCUGUUCAGCUCUGCCUUUUCUUGGAGUCCCUUCACUCUGUUAUCUAUUCUAAUAAUACCUUUCAAGAAAUGUGCUCAAGUGUGGUGGUGAUUCAUUUAGUUCAAAAGCAUGGUCUACACUAGUAGUCUAGUAGUCUUCACUCCUGAUCCUGGAGGGAUGUACCCUAUGCUGAAUUCAGAUGAUCAAUCCUUCUCAAAAUGCACACUUGUUCAUCACACCUCAGAUUUAAAAGCACUAGACUGGACUGCAGUGAGAAAUGUGGUGGAAACUCCAUUUAGCCCAAGCUUACGCCAAUCCGCACCCUUUUGGCAAAGUAAAAUUGAAAUUGAGUGCAAGCCCAGCACAAACACAUCUGAUUCAGCUUUUCAUGAUCUUGAUGAGUAGUUGGUGUUGUAGACUUAGCCUGUUCACACUGACUGCAACCCUCUAGGACCAGGUGUGUGAUUAACACUAGUCUACAUUGUCUAUGUUGAUUGAUAUUGAUAUGAAAUUACAUGAACUUGAUAUGGAUGAUUUGUUCAACGUGUACGGGAUUUGUUGUGUGUAGUCUGAGAGGUGGGAAAGUUAGUGGUGACCAUGCAUAUUUGGUAGCUCAUUAAAGGACCAAGCUUGAAAAUCUAAAUUGUGAACUGUAAUAAACAUUUAAGUAUCUUAAUGGAAAUUAAGCUGUUUUAACAUUCA